AUGGACCAGAAGAUCCUUCUGUUUUGCAUUAUCAGCACAGUCAUAUAUCACGCAAGGCGUGGGCAGGCCAGGAAACAACCUCGUUCAAUAUUCGGCGCUUUGAGGGACAUUUCUGGGAAAUCGAUAAUCAUCACAGACGCGUGAUUGAUUAUGUUUGUAGAUUUGGUUUAGGUGGAGUUCUUUUCUGUGGUAAGGCUCUGGAUGUAGAUCAUGCGUUGAUCACAGCUUUGGUUGAGCGUUGGAGGCCAGAGACACAUACAUUCCAUCUUCCCGUAGGGGAAACUACCAUUACAUUACAAGACGUUCAAGUAUUAUGGGCUUUACGUGUAGAUGGAGUACCCUUCACAGGAAAUGGGUUUUGUGAAACUGGGUGGAGGGGUUUAUGUGAAGAGCUCUUGGGCUUCUAUCCCCUUCAAAGCGAGAUGAAGGAAAACGGUAUCUUGGCAUCCGCGCUAAUACAUAGGAUGACGAUUGAACCGUUAGGAGAUGGUCUCGAAGACGAAGCCUACAUUCAACGGGCACGUAUGAUUGUGCUUGUGCUAUUGGGAGGUUGAUCUUACCCGACGGCUCAGGGUGUAAGAUACCUCUCAUGUGGUUGACCCAACUUCGAGACGUAGAGGUUGCCUCUAUGAUUAGUUGGGCGAGUGCUGCACUUGGUACAUUAUACCAUAAUCUCUGUGAGGCGUCUAUGGGUAAACGGACAGACAUUGGAGGUCCGACAGUGCUCCUACAGCUUUGGGCGUGGGAGAGAAUGCCCACUUUGAGACCGGAUUUUGUAGCGGCACGUAUACAUACAAACAACACUUCAUGUGCAUUAAUGUGGACUGGCUCCUAUAUGAUAAACAGAGCCCCUAAACAUUCUGUUCGACAUUAUCGUGAACAGUUGUCAUUACUCCAAAAUAGCCAGUUUAUUUGGAUGUCAAUUACCAGACUCCUGCCUCGAUAUGAACAACAGUUGGAGAUCUGUGACGUACAUGGUUUGUUAGGCUAUUGUCGAAGCACAUGAGCCUGAGCGCGUGGUUAGACAAUUUGGCGGCACGCCCUUCAUCCCGGAAUUGCGUGAUUGGGGUUUCAAUGAAACUCACUUCAAAACCAAUCGUCGUGGAAAGGCUAAGACGAACUGGGCUGUGCAGAACAAGGCCUACAUCCAACAUUGGGAGAGAAGGUCGGAGUUCGUUACUAAUGAUUACAUGGAGCCUCUCGCAGACCACGUGCAGGUGAUGAGAACUCGACAAUACAUGGAGUGGUAUUUUAAAAUUACCAUAACAUAUGUCACGCAGCCUUCACAUGGUAAUGAUCGAAAAAAUGGUAACCCUUCAGGCACAUAGUUGGGAACAGGUUGCUCCCCACGAACAGAUGGUUGUACAUAAUUCUCAACCAUCAUAUCAAGUGUCUCAUCGUCUGUAGAAUCUUCACAUGAUUCUGCACUAUAAUCAAUAUCACUUGGUUGAGAACCAUCGGAACCAUCACAAUCAGAGCCAUCUGCACCAUCAACAUUAUCUGCACCAUCACAAUUAUCAGAACCAUCUGAACCAUCAUAACCAUCACAUGUCACAUUUGGUACAUCUAGUGGUUCAUCAACCUCCCCCCAGAUGUGUUGAAUUCAAAGCUAUGAUAUUCAUCAUCCCUCCUAGAUGUCCCGACAUCAAAACUAGGAUAACCAUCUCUCCUAGACGUUCCAACAUCAUGAUGAGUGAUAGGUGGUUCAAAUUGCAACGCAGUGGUAACAAGAGUAUAUUCAAUAAAAAGUUCAAUUUGACUUGGAUUUUCAGCAAGCAUAUACUCUAAUAAAUUAGCAUCCACUGGUGUAGCUAUAUAAUUCACCACUCCACUAAAAACCACAGGAUGCCUCCAUGUUAAAUCAAUCGUAUGUGCAUCCAACUAAAUUCCAAUUUUUUCACAUAUCAUUGAAACAAGUUCAUAAUAAGAUAUCUUUUCAUUCAAUAUAAUAAAUGAUUUUGCACGAGGGGGAUCAUAAGCAACACCCAAACCUGGGAGCUGAAUAAUUUUCUCAUCCCAAUAUAAACUCACAAACACCAUUAAACCUGCAAAAUAAGUACGACAUAACAUCAUAUACUAUCAAUUCAACAUACUUAAAUAAAUAUUGAACAAAAUUAAAACCGAAAAUUCAAUACCAAGUUCAAUGCCAUAAACCCUAAAUCUAUACCUAACUAACAUAUAGCAAUGAUAAUUGAAAUUAAUAGUCAAAAAUUACCUAACACCACUUCAAAUAGGAAUUAGAGCAUCAAAAUAUCGGAUUCACUUCGAUUUUCGCCGGCUAGAGAUGUUAGCCGUCGCUGAGUGCGAGAGAAUGAGCGAGCCGGAAGUGAAUUCGCGAGUGGAAAGUGAGGUCUCUGCCGUCUGGGCUCGAAUUUGUGUCCAACGUAACACGCGAGAGCGUGUCGCGUGUUUAACGUAACACGCGAGAGCCUG